AAGCCAUCCCGGCGACCCGAUACGAUCCUCGGGAAGGCCUACGAGGACGUCAAGCUUCACUACACGAUCGGAAAAGAACUGGGUCAGGGCCAAUUUGGGGUUACUUACCUCUGCAUCGAGAAUUCCACCGGGAAGCAGUAUGCCUGCAAGUCAAUUUCCAAGAGGAAGCUGGUCACGAAGAACGACAAGGAGGAUUUUGAGAAGAAGGGGGGAGAUCGAAGGUUGGGACUGAGAUGCAGAGAAGAAGAAGGGUAG